UACAUAAACAGAGGAACCUUAUAAAGAAAGAACACAUCAAAACCACAAGCACAAACCAUUAUAUCACACUCAAAUCAAAAUCUCUCAAAAGGUGUUUGUGCUCUUGUCUCAGUGAGUUUGUAGCUAUGACCACACUUGUUCGCAACACCACAGCUUCCAUAAGCAGAAGAUACAGAUACGAGCUUAUCGGUCUACAAGGCAAAGACAAGCUCAAAUCUAUCAGCUACAGACGCAAGAGAGCCAAGCAAAGGAAAAUCUUUCUCACAACCUACACGUUGUCUUCUUUGAAUGGUUUUGUGGAGCCCAAAAAGCCUAAACUCAAGAGGGUUGCUGUGAAAGUUAAGAAAAUUGUGUCUUCAGUUUUGAUGUUCAUGAGAACUGGUUCUUUCAGCAGAUCCUGCAAUUCUAGGUCUGCUAUUUCUGCCAAGUCACCAGAAAGGAAGAAGAGCUUUUGAUUUGUGUUUGAUGAUUUGUUUUCUCUCUUGACCAUGUUCUUCUUUGCAAUCGAUUCAGUGUUUUCUUUACUGUGGGGUUUAAGAAGACCAAUAAGGAAGCAGUUUUACUACUAUUUAUAUGGCGAGUGAUGAGAGCUAGGAGAUGAUUAUCAAUUAUUUUGUACAUAAUGCUUAAUCCAAUAUCCAUUUUCAUCA